AUGAGCUCCAGCAGCCCUACCACAACGACGGGGGCCGGAGGCAGAGCCGGGCCGCCAACCACGCAAAAGCUCAAGGAUAGUUGUGAUCCGUGUUCGUCGUCUAAAGUCAAAUGCAACAAAGAGAAACCAGUUUGCAGUCGAUGUCGCAAGCUGGGAUAUCCGUGCUUCUACAGUCCUGCGCGCCGAAUAGGGCGUCCACAUCCAACCCGUCGAAGUGUCAGUCGCAAAUCACCGGAACCACAUCCUUCGUGCUCGACAAGAGAGUGUGUCGUCAACUCUAGCAUGUGCAAUACGGCUCAAGGCUCUCAAGUUCUUGCGAAGGAAGCGCAGCUGCAUCAGGGACCACAGCCAUCCAUCCUUGACGGGACUGAGCCUUCGGCAGGGGGUGUUUGUGCAGAAAAUCCCCUGCAUUGGUUUCACGAUGUAGACAUUGCAACCGGCGGUGUAGACGACACUGAAACAAAACCGACAGCCGCUCUAAACGAGGCCUCAUACAUCUUAAAUGAGGAAUUCAAUCACAAACAGAUCUCUAGCCUUUCGCAAUCUCCGCUGGCAGACCUUGAAUUUUUCAACCUCUCAGAUGUCUUGAACGGUGACUCAAACUGGCUUGACUUACUUCAAUCUGAAGCCAAUUGGCAUUUCAUUCCGCUCGAAAUACCCCUGGCACAAAGUUCUAGCCAAGCUUCUAGCGCUGGCGUACUCGAGAGCGGUGAUAUCCCUUCUGGCGCUCAGACGCCAAUGUCCGAUUCACCCGAGCCGGAUUGUGUGACGAGAGCAAUCGACAUCUUGCGUCGUCUCCAAACGUCUCACAAUAAAAUCACAAACGAGACACAGACCAGUUCGUUGGGAUACGAAUUAUCGAGCCGUGUGCAGACCGCUGCUUGGGCGAUCAACCGACUUUCGAUGAUCUUGAUAUGCCCCUGUUCACGGAAGAUAUAUGUCGCUAUUCUGGUCGCUGCAGUCUGCAUGGCGAUUUUGGAUGUUUACGACUCGUUGUUUCAACAGGAGCAAGACCAGAAUGUUGGACACUACCUGAAAGACCGAUCUCAAGGGGUGGUAAUGGGCUUUCCCCCAGCUUUCGAAAUGAAUAGCAAUGGGUGUGGGGUGAGGGAAUGCGCCGAGUUUACCGGUUUGGAAUCGGUCGAGGUUGAAGCCGACAUAUCCCCUGUACAUAUCUUGGAGGAGCUCUCCAAGCUGGCCAAUGUGGUGAUGCAAUUCUCCCGUAGGUAUAAAGGGGAUGCUCGUACGCAGUCUACAGGCACGCUUUCUGCUUUGGCGGAUUCGCUAAAACUGCGGUUACGGUCGGUCACCAAUGAGGCCUUGGACUGGAAGGGGUCAGGAUGA